CAAAGAUCAUGAUUAGGGUUAUAAAUUUUGUUUAUUGUUUAAUAUUCAAUUGUCAAUAAAAACAGAUAAAGUCACGUUACUGUCAAGGGUUGCAGAUAUUUUUGGAUGCAAAAAAUAUUGAUAAAUUAGAUGGUUUGUAGAUACAAAAUUAGUUUUAAUCAAUUUUUUGCGAAUUCAGUCCAAAUUUUAUUGUAACAGUUUAAUCUUGGACGUACCUAACCUAUUAUUUUAUAUCAACGUCAAAAAAUUACUGUUAAUAAAAUACAUAUUCACUACCACAAAGUAAAUUAAAUAAUGCCACUCUUUGGAAAAUCGCAAAAAAGUCCUGCAGAUGUGGUAAAAGCUUUAAAGGAGGCUGUAAAUUCGCUUGAGAAAGGAGAUAAGAAAGCUGAGAAGGCUCAGGAAGAUGUUAGCAAAAAUCUUGUUUUAAUCAAAAAUAUGCUGUAUGGAACUUCAGAUGCUGAACCACAAACUGAUAUAAUAGUGGCCCAAUUAGCUCAAGAGUUGUACAAUAGCAAUUUGCUUCUUCUACUGAUACAAAAUCUGAACCGUAUUGAUUUUGAGGGAAAGAAAGAUGUAGCACAAGUGUUCAAUAAUAUUUUGAGAAGGCAGAUUGGAACUAGAUCACCAACAGUUGAAUAUAUAUGUACAAAACCUGAAAUAUUAUUUACCUUAAUGACUGGAUAUGAACACCAAGAAAUUGCAUUAAAUUGUGGGACAAUGUUAAGGGAGUGUGCACGUUAUGAGGCUUUAGCAAAAAUCAUGUUAUAUUCUGAUGAUUUCUAUAACUUCUUCAAGUAUGUGGAAGUAUCUACUUUUGAUAUUGCAUCAGAUGCCUUUUCAACAUUUAAGGAACUACUUACCCGCCACAAAAUUUUGUGUGCUGACUUCUUAGAAACAAAUUAUGAUAAAGUAUUUAGUCAUUACCAAAGGCUGUUAAAUUCUGAAAAUUAUGUAACUCGUCGUCAAAGCCUUAAACUUUUGGGAGAGCUGCUUUUAGAUAGACAUAAUUUUUCUGUGAUGACAAGAUACAUUUCAAAUCCAGACAAUCUUAAACUUAUGAUGAACAUGUUAAAAGAGAGGUCUAGAAAUAUACAAUUUGAAGCCUUCCAUGUAUUUAAAGUAUUUGUUGCAAAUCCCAACAAACCUAAGCCCAUUUUGGAUAUUCUUCUGAGGAAUCAGGAUAAGUUAGUUGAGUUUUUAAUGAAAUUCCACACUGAUCGAGCCGAAGAUGAACAAUUUAAUGAUGAAAAGGCAUAUUUAAUUCGACAAAUUAAAGAACUAAGGCCCAUAGCAGAUCACUAACAAAAAAUUAGUAAAUAACUUAUUUGAUUUAAUCAUAUAGUGUAUUACUAUAUAGCUAUUGCUCCUUACAUUUGUUGUGACAGUUUUUCUUUUUUUUUAAUGUCUGUUCUCUCAUUUUAUUCCCAUAUUAAUUGUGCCUCAAUUUUAAUCCAAAAUGGAAUUUAUUGCAUUACAAUUAUCAAUUUUUAUUGUUUUUUGUUAUAUCUAUUUAAGUUUUAAGUUUACCCAAAAACUAUUUUAUUUGUAUUAAAUAAAUUAUCAAAAUUCUUCAAGUAAAACCCAAAAGAUUUUGAGCAUAUAUAUAAUUGGUAAUAGUUGUUGUAUUAAAUAAAUAUGUUUGUUAUGCUUAAGGGUAUAAAUUAAACAUUAUGCUUAAUUUAGAAACACCUGUUUUUAAGAAUAAAGAAUAUUCUAGACAAACUAUCA